GGAGGUUGCAGUGAGUGGAGAUCGUGCCAGUGCGCUGCAGCCUGAGCAACAAGAGCGAAACUGUCUCAAAAAGAAGAAAAAGGCACAAAAAAAGAAGAAGAAGAAGAAGAAAAGAAAGAAACCAUUUGCAGGGAGCGCACGGCUUCCGUCUGGUCCUGAACUGGACGCAAACAGGCCGAGCAUUUAGAAACCCGCGCAGCUCCCCGUACGGAGAGGCUUCCUCUCGCCCGGCUCCUUCGAAGCGUGGUCUGGACCAGCACCUCCCACAGCACUGGGGGCGCCUUAGAAACGCGGCCUUGGACCUAUUUCCGCGGGGAUAGGGGGUGAUCGGUGGCCUCCGUCCUCGCAAGAAAUCUCUGGCGGGCCCCGCGGUGCGGUCAGCAGACGCCGAGGUGCAGGGGCGGUGGCCGGCGUCGCAAUGGAGCUUGUUAAAGGACCGGCACUCUGGCCGCGCCCACGCCACGGGCGGGCGGGGACGUUUACUCCUCUCGCUCAAACUCCGCGCCCCUCUCGCUCCGAGGGACAUAGGUCUCGCGAGAUCUUUCGUAAACUUACAGAACCGGAAGCAGCCUGUAGUUCUCUUCCCUUUUGCGGCCAUCACCGAAGCCGGAGCGGCCAAAAUGAAGUUUAAUCCCUUUGUGACUUCCGACCGAAGCAAGAAUCGCAAAAGGCAUUUCAAUGCACCUUCCCACAUUCGAAGGAAGAUUAUGUCUUCCCCUCUUUCCAAGGAGCUGAGACAGAAGUACAACGUGCGAUCCAUGCCCAUCCGAAAGGAUGAUGAAGUUCAGGUUGUACGAGGACACUAUAAAGGUCAGCAAAUUGGCAAAGUAGUCCAGGUUUACAGGAAGAAAUAUGUUAUCUACAUCGAACGGGUGCAGCGGGAAAAGGCUAAUGGCACAACUGUCCACGUUGGCAUUCACCCCAGCAAGGUGGUUAUCACUAGGCUAAAACUGGACAAAGACCGCAAAAAGAUCCUUGAACGGAAAGCCAAAUCUCGCCAAGUAGGAAAGGAAAAGGGCAAAUACAAGGAAGAAACAAUUGAGAAGAUGCAGGAAUAAAGUAAUCCUAUAUACAAGCUUUGAUUAAAACUUGAAACAAA